AUGUCAGCUAGACCUGCAAACCCGCAGAGGGCAUCGACCACUGCAAGAUCAAAAACUGCACGACCUACAAAUCAGCAACGACAUUCAACUUUCAGAACGAUUGGGACAAUGGGAACAUCGCAAACUGCUAGACUUAACGGAGAUGUCGAAUAUAACAUGGCCGGUCCGCCUCAACAAACGCAAACAAAUCYCGACCCUCAUAGAACGUACUUUGAAGAAGGCUAUCACCGACUCAACCCUCAGAUGAACACGGAGAACCCCCGCGAGAACUUUUCCCUCGCAGGCACUUUUCCGCAUAAAAUUCGAUGGGGGAAGAGAGAACCAAAAGACGGCGAGCCCAGGGCUGUAGAGGCCGCGGAAAAGAUUGGCACGGAGCCGGCCCCGAUGGUGAAUGAAGCGAACGAUCAAGGAACUCGACAGGUCGAUCAUACGGAUGAUGCAGGAGAUGAUGAUACCGAUACGACAAAGCUAGGAGAACAAGAAGAAGAUCCCUCCGACACACAUGUCCAGCGACGUGCCAUUGACGCCUACAAUUCCAACGGCGAAAACGUGGGGAACGUGGCAGAGGAAGCAACUGUCGAUCCAGAUGAAGAUGACUUGCCAUACAAUCAUUGGGCGCUUUUCCGCAGGAGAUUUCAACUUCCGCUCGCGGAGUGGCUUGGAACGACCUUACUCAUAUUCCUUGGCGUUUGCAGUAAUCUGAGCGUCAUAACAUCCGGCCAAUCAACAGGUAGCCUAAGCAGUCUACAAGCUCCAUGCUGGGGUUUCGCAGUCAUGCUUUCCAUCUACACAGCAGGUGGCUCAAGUGGAGCAUUCCUGAACCCCGGUCUGACGAUUAUGCUAUCCGUCUUCAGAGGAUUUCCCGCCCGUAGAAUUCCCAUCUACAUCCUCUCCCAAAUCCUAGGCGCUUUCACCGGAGCGCUCCUCGCCUAUACAAUUUAUCGAGAUGGAAUCUUACAUUUAGAUGGCGCAUUACUUCCAGAAUCGACAGGAAUAGCUUUCUACACACAACCCAAAGCCUGGAUUUCCAAUUCCACGGCUUUCUUCACGGAAUUUCUCGGAUCGGCAGUUAUUGGCUGCUCCAUCCUCGCCUUGGGAGAUUCGGGGAAUAGUCCUCCGGGAGCGGGUAUGCAUGCUUUCAUCAUCGGGUUGCUGUACACUACAGUUACCAUGUCGUUUGGUUAUAGUACUGGUGGUACAUUCAACCCUGUUAGAGAUUUUGGACCGCGAUUGGCGACUUUGGCUGUGGGGUAUCCUAGGGAGAUUUUCACGGCUCGGCAGAAUUGGUGGCUUUGGGGUCCUUGGUGUGCUACUAUUACUGGAACGCUGGUUGGGGCUUUGGUGUAUGAUUUGUGUAUUUUCAAGGGCGGGGAGAGUCCUGUCAAUUACUCGUCGAAACGAUGGAAGCUUGAGACUUUGAAGGAGUCAAGGGAUGUUACGAGAGCUUUGGGGUUUGAGCAGGCUGCUGAUGAUAUUGAGAGGAAGUUGGAGGAUGGGGAUUUGUAUGACGAUUCUCCUUGA